CAAAGAGAUGGGCUCCCAGCAGUCAGCAGAGACCCUCGGGUGUCACGUGGUCGUGGUCGGGGGGGGGUUCGGAGGAGUCGCAGCGUCGCAGCUUCUGAAGUCUCGAGGACUCGAUUUCACUUUGAUCGACAUGAGAGACGCUUUCCAUCACAACGUGGCGGCGCUCAGAGCGUCUGUGCAGCCCGGCUUCGCUCAGAGGACCUUCAUCCGGUACGCGGAGACGUUCGGACCGCGGUUCGUUCAGGGCCGAGUGGAGCGGGUCGACACUCAGAGACAGACGGUGGUCUUACAGGGAGGGAGGGAGAUCUCGUACUCGCACCUCAUCCUCUGCACCGGGACCGACGGAGCGUUUCCCGGGAAGUUCAACACCGAGGCUUCGUACCAGACGGCCGUUCAGACCUACGAGGACUUCGUCUCACAGGUCCAGGCAGCAGGCUCGGUGCUGGUCGUUGGCGGCGGGUCGACCGGAGUAGAGAUGGCUGCUGAGAUAAAGACAGAGUAUCCAGACAAGAAGGUUGUUCUGAUCCAUUCUAAGAUCGCUCUGGCCGACGCUGAACUGCGGCCCAGCGUCCGACAGCAAGCGAAACAAGUUCUGCUGGAGAAAGGAGUGGAGCUUCUGCUGGGUCAGAAGGUCGUGAACCUCUCCGAGCUGCAGCUGAACGUCUGCAGCAGAAACUCGUCGGUCCGAACCGACAAACAACAAACGCUGAAAACUGAUCUGAUCGUCCGCUGCACCGGCCUGAAGGUCAACUCCUCGGCCUACGCCUCCAGCUUCAGUUGCCUGGCUGCUAACGGGGCUCUGAAGGUUAACGAGCAGCUGCAGGUCGACGGCUUCGUUAACGUGUUCGCCGUCGGAGACUGCGCCGACGUUAACGAGCCGAAGAUGGCCUAUCACGCGGAGCUGCACGCCGCCGUCGCCGUUAGCAACAUCGCCAACAGUCUGAGCGGGAAACCAUUAACGUCCUAUCACACAGGUAACGUCACCAUGUUGCUGGCGAUGGGCAGAGACGACGGCGUCGGACAGUUUAACGGCGUGAGGUUGCCUCGUUGUGUCGUUACUCUCGGAAAGAGUCGAGAUCUGCUGCUGUGGAAGAGCUGGAGGCAGAUGCAACAGACACAGCCCUGAUAUACACACUAUAACACACACACACACACACACACACACACACACACACACACACACACACACACACAGCCCUGAUAUACACACUAUAACACACACACACACACACACACACACACACACACACACACACACAGCCCUGAUAUACACACUAUAACACACACACACACACACACACACACACACACACACACACACACACACACACACACACACACACACACACACACACACACAGCCCUGAUAUACACACUAUAACACACACACACACACACACACACACACACACACACACACACACACACACACACACACAGCCCUGAUAUACACACUAUAACACACACACACACACACACACACACACACACACACACACACACACACACACACACAGCCCUGAUAUACACACUAUAACACACACACACACACACACACACACACACACACACAGCCCUGAUAUACACACUAUCACACACACACACACACACACACACACACACACAGCCCUGAUAUACACACUAUAACACACACACACACACACACA